AUGGCCGAACCAGAGGACGUCGAGGAAGACCUCUUCGCCGAUUUGUAUGACGCGGAUGAGACGACAAACCAAACAGCCCCCACUGGUGGAGCACCGGUAUCUUCUAACCCCAUCUCCUCGGAUACGCCUGUCCAACAUUCAGGAAUAUCGGCUAUUCAGUCUGUCGAAGGUUUCGGGAAUGAGUCUGAAAGCGGAUUUGGUACUUACCAGACUCCUUCCUACGAAGGAGGAUAUCAGAAUGGGAAUACCUUGGACUCCGAUUUUCACAACCAUCCUACUGGCCCUGUAGGAGACUCGGAGCCUCAGGGAACUGGUAUCAAGGAAGACGGGAAAAUGUUCAUUGGUGGAUUGAACUGGGAGACAACGGAUCAAUCUUUGAAGGAGUAUUUUUCGCAAUUUGGAGAGGUCCAGGAGUGUACCGUCAUGCGUGAUAGUGCCACAGGCCGGUCUAGAGGUUUCGGCUUUUUGACCUUCAGAGAUCCGAAGACGGUGAAUACUGUGAUGGUCAAGGAGCAUUAUUUGGACGGGAAAAUCAUUGAUCCGAAGCGUGCCAUUCCACGGGAUGAGCAAGAGAAGACAAGCAAGAUAUUUGUAGGAGGUGUAAGUCAAGAAGCAACCGAACAGGAUUUCAAACAGUUCUUUAUGCAGUUUGGUCGUGUGAUUGAUGCGACCUUGAUGAUUGACAAGGAUACUGGUCGUCCUCGUGGGUUUGGCUUCGUCACAUUCGAUAGUGAGGCUGCUGUAGAAGCAGCUCUUUCGCGCCCUCUGGACAUACUUGGUAAACCCAUCGAAGUUAAGAAAGCUCAGCCAAGAGGCAACUUACGGGAUGAUGGGGAUCGCGGACGUCGUGGUAGAGACUUCAGGGAUGGCAGCCAGGGUGGAACCGACAGUUCGCCUCAGCAAACAGGUGCCCAAGGACAAGGCGGUAUGCCCGCUGGACUCACUCCUCAAAUGAUGGCUCAGUAUUGGCAACGCAUGCAACAGUACUUUGCUUUAAUGCAACAGCAAAUGGCAGUAGCUGCCGCUCAAGGCCAAGGAAUGGGCGCGAUGGGAAUGGGUGGCAUGAACCCCGCCAUGAUGCAACAGAUGCAAAUGAAGCAGAUGCAGCAGAUGCAAAUGGGGAAUAAUCCUCAGUCACCAACAAUGAGCCCUCCGGCACAGAGCCCGACACCCCAGACAAUGCAGAACAUGAUGAACCCCGCCAUGAUGCAGCAAAUGCAACAACAGAUGCAAAGUCAGAGCCAGGCAAAUAAUAUGGCUGGACAGAUGGGUAUGAGCGGCAACGGUGGUGCAAACAUAAAUAUGGGUAAUAACUACACCGCUCAAGCCAGAGGAGGGCCCGGUUAUAAUGCUCACGAACAAAUAGCAUUUGAGCAACAGAAGUAUGAGCAACAGCAAGUCCGGCGAGCUAUGGAAAACCGAGGCUUUUCCCCCUAUCAGCAGGGCGGACCGACCUCGUGGGAGGGCAUGUACGACGAAGUGCCCCAGCCCAACAUUCCCACGGGGCCUCAGGCCAUGAAUCGAUCUGGUAGUAUUGGACGUGGUCAAACUCCGCAACCGCAAGGUGCUGCACCCGCAAACGCCCCAACCGGUCCCAAGAACGCUGGGAAGCCUGGCGCGAACUAUCGUGGAGGAGGACGGGGGGGGCAUAGGGGCUUUCAUCCCUACGCGCGAGGCUAA